CUUUAUUUUUAUUACCUACAUUUUUAUGAAUUUGCAACUGCUACUUGUACAACACAAGUCGAUGUAAUUCAAACGUUUAGAUAUUCAAAACAUAUUUAGCGUCAUGUUAAGUCCUCAUGAAUUACACCUGAUAGUUGCAAUACUUCAUUUAGGAAAAUAAUCAAAUGGGCUACGCCGAUCUGUCUCUGUUUGCCUGCCUCUUCAUCACGUGACCACAGUUCCAUUACUGGUGAAUGCAGGUAAAGAGAACAAUCCGGUUCUGGCUCUGUUUACAUGCAGCCGUGCUUCAUGGAACCCAUAACAUGCACCUCGAUCCUAGGACCACCAAUUUGAGCACAAGGAGCUGCAUGCUGCACCAUCACAAGCAUCCUUUGGUGAUCGUGUAGAGCACAGCCGCAGUGGCUAGCAGCAGCAUCCACGGCCUAAACAUGGAACCCUAGUCAUCCGACGGCCCCCAUACAAAGGGACGCAGGGAUUUAAAGCCAGAGGGUUUUGGAAGCUGGGCGUGUGCUCUGUUUUAUUAGAUCCCUCCAUCUGGUAACCAGGGGCUUCUGUUUUCCCCUCCUCCCAUUUCAGGCUCCUUGGAGAUAGAGGAAUGCAAAUCUGCAAUCAUGAUGGAAGGAUUGAAAAAACGCACCAGGAAGGCUUUCGGGAUACGGAAGAAAGAAAAGGACACUGACUCUGCGGGGUCACCAGACAGAGAGGGAGGAUCACAGAAAAAGACCAAUGGGGCUCCAAACGGCUUCUAUGGGGAGAUUGACUGGGACAGAUAUAAUUCUCCUGAGGUUGAUGAAGAAGGAUAUAGCACAAGGCCAGAAGAAGACGAGGGAGCAGCUCCAAAAGAGAAGAGUCACUUUUUCUCCUCUAGUGAGUCUGAAGAAGAUGAAGACCACCGCAGAAGGUUUAAGAUCAAGAUCAAACCGCUGCCACCAGAUGCUAGCAUCGCAGCCCCAUCGGUAGAUGAAUUAAAAGCCUCCAUAGGCAACAUAGCUCUGUCUCCUUCGCCUCUGAGGAAUAGUCCGAGGCGUAGCCCGGGUCUGGCAAAGAGAAAUACACCUAGUGAAGAAAUUGCACGACCGAGACGUGCUGUUCCGACGCCUGUACCAGCUCCCGCCUCUUCCCCAACACGUGCACCUGCUUCUGCACCUGCUCCAGAGCCCACUAGUAAUAAGAAAUCUCCAGUGCCAGAGGAUGCAACAGCCUUAUUUGGUCCGCCACUGGAAACAGCCUUCGAUGAUGAUGAUGAUGAUGAUGAUGAUGAUGAGAAGACAAGUGAAGUGGUGACAAAGGAACCUGAGGUUUGGGGUGCACCCCUGCCUGAGCAACACCCAGACUCCUCUCUGGCAGCACCUUUUCCUACAGGAACGCUGCCUCCGCUUCCGCCUAAGAAUGUGCCGACCUCCCCCCCUCCAAGUGAAUCUUCAUCCGCAGAACCUUCUGAUGUGCAGAAAGAGGAGGACAGUUCAAGGCUGGUCACACAGAGGCCUUCAAUAGCUGAUCUGGACAACAUAUUCGGCCCAGAGGAUUCUUCAAACCCCGGUCAGGAUGCUGGAGACCAGUGGGUCUGCUUCCAUGACGAGUCACCUGAAAAACGUCCUCCUCAAGAGGCAGAAACAGCACCGGCACUCCCCUUUUCUCCACUUCCCCCAUCAGAACCAGCACCCCCGUUACCAAAAUCCCCACCUCCGUCAGAGGAGCCUAACCCUCCUUUACCAAAAUCACCACCACCUCAUGUCGAUCCUAUGCGGUCUCCCCUUUCCAGUGAGCCACCAAGGAGUAGUCCUCCUCCACCUCUUCCAACAGUUCCUCCUGUUCCCAAAGACACUACUCCUUCGCCACCAACUAUCCCACCUCCUCCUGCCGAAGAUGCCCCACUCCCACCAACUCCAAAUGAACCUUCCAAGUCCACAGAAAUAUUGCCACGUGCUUCUUCAACGGACACACAACCAGACUUAAUCAACAGCCCACCGUCUACUAUAGAGACAAAUGCACGCAUAAUCGCUCCCCCCUUGGUUAUAAACCAGGAGGAAAAGAAGAGCCCAGAGGAGACCCCUUCAAAAGAGGACUUGACUGAGAGUAUUGCGUCAGCCAAAGAGAUCGGACCAGGACCACGUUCAACACCACCCCCUCCUCCACCUCCUACAUACAGGGCGGUGGUGUCAUCCCCAGGGCCCGUUCCUCCAGCUGGUACAGGUGGAAGUGAAAGUGGGUCCACCUCCCCUACACGUCCCUCUGCACCAUUGGCUACCAGCAGCUCCUCUCCUCCCCCUCCCCCGCCACGGCCACCCUCAAGACCCAAACUGCCUCCUGGGAAACCAAGUGUUGGGGACAUGAGUCGACCGUUCAGCCCCCCUGUACACUCGUCCAGCCCCCCUCCACUGGCUCCGCUGGCUCGGGCAGAGAGCACCUCUUCCAUCUCCUCCACCAACUCUCUGAGCGCAGCCACCACGCCCACCGUCGAAGAUGACGCUUUUGUAGACAAACUUCCCAGCUUUGAGAGACGGGCAGACAUGCCAGCAGAGACAGACCAGCCCUCCCUCGUAUGGUUUGACCGAGGCAAGUUUUAUUUAACCUUUGAAGGCUGCUCUCGAGGGCCUAGUCCUCUUACAAUGGGGGCACAGGACACACUACCUGUGGCCGCAGCUUUCACAGAGACUGUGAGCGCUUUCUUCAAAGGAGCUGAUCCUAAUAAGUGUGUGGUGAAGAUCACAGGAGAGAUGGUGUUGUCCUUCCCGGCGGGCAUCACUCGGCAUUUUGCAAAUAACACCUCACCUGCUGUGCUAACCUUCAGCAUAAACAACUACAGUCGCCUGGAGCACGUCCUCCCUAACCCCCAGUUACUGUGCUGUGACACGACACAGUCCAAUCCAAACUCAAAAGAGUUCUGGGUGAACAUGCCAAACCUGAUGACACAUUUAAAGAAGGUGGCUGAGCAGAAACCACAAGCAACAUACUACAAUGUUGACAUGCUGAAGUAUCAGGUGUUACCCAAAGGUCUACAGUCCACGCCUCUGAAUCUGGCAGUGAGCUGGAAGUGUGAACCCACCAGCACUGAUCUGAGGAUAGACUACAAAUACAACGGUGGGGCCAUGACCACUCCUGUAGCUCUCAACAAUGUUCAGUUUCUCAUCCCAGUGGAUGGAGGAGUCAGCAAACUACAGGCUGUGCUUCCCCCAGCUGCCUGGAAUGCAGAGCAGCAGAGAAUCUUGUGGAAAAUUCCAGAUAUUUCACAAAAGUCCGAAAACGGUGGAGUGGGAUCUCUACUGGCUCGCUUCCAGCUUACCGAGGGUCCCAGUAAACCCGCCCCAGUGGUUGUGCAGUUCACCAGCGAGGGCAGCACUCUAUCAGGCUGUGACAUUGAGCUAGUUGGCCUUGGAUAUCGCUUUUCUCUCAUCAAGAAGAGAUUUGCAGCAGGAAAAUACCUGGCAGACAUCUGAACAACAUGAUCCAUUCAAGUCUGCAUAUUUUGGACCAAUUACGAAUAUUAAGAACACAGGACAGAUCACGACCCUGAACCGUACUUGACCUAAUGGAUAAACCUUUAUAGAUGUACAACACAGGUGGACCUCCCACACUCCAGCAGUAUUAAAUGAGUUGCAUUAUAAAAUUGUGGACCGUUUUAGGAUGUACUUCUUUAUAUCCGUGAACUGUACUCACAUCCGUAUACAGCAGUUAAACAGCCUGGGUUUGUUUGUAAGGUUUAGCCUCUUUUCUGUCCAAUGUGUCGUUGGCUGUGCCUAACUGAACCUGAAUUCUCUGUAUCCCUAUCCAAAUGUGGUACUAAAAAUGUAUUGUUUUUAUUACUCUAUGCAUUAGAUUUGUCUAAGGUUUCACAGUUUUAAAACAAGGUAGAAAAAGUCAACCUGGUUGAAAAAAGAAGCUGACUCUGCCUGAACAUGCUGUCAGAGAGAUGAGCCUCUCUGCCACUAGAUGGCGCUAUAUUAUUGCAUGUAGUAUGACGUCUGCACCUGAUUUGGUUUUGUUCAUGGUUCAUUAGUCAUACAAAUUUACUUCAGGAAUUUCACAUUUAAUUCGUACAUUCAGGUGUGAUUUAUUAUUUGGAAAAAAAUAGAAAUUUUACUUUGUCGGAAUUUGUAGAUAGCCUCAAGUUUCCUGCUUGCAAUAGACACCCCAAAACAAUUUUCCUAAACACGAAAUGUCAUUUUAAAUUAAUAAUAUAUAUCUUGAAAGCCGUUCAGUGUUUUCUUGUAUUGUUAUAUAGCCUCAGAGUACAUGACAUCAUUCUAUUUUUAUUUAUUCAUCGUUGUAAAAAAGUUAAACUGUAUAUGAAUAGACUUUGAAUGGCAUCACAAUUUAGGACUUUUGGUUAUUUGUGUAGUUGGUAAAACUGUGUACAGUAUAUUGCUGAGGUAUAAUUUUUAAAUUUAUUUCAGAUCUAAUUUUUUAACUCGUGCAACAGAAAACAAAGCUAUAUAUGGGGUGGGGAAACAUUUAAAAGAGAAACAGAAGCGGGAUACUGUAGAUGCAUCAAGCUUAAUGUUAUUACAGUGUUAUGUAUAGCAGCACUAUUAGUUGAAACUGGAUUGUCAGCUUGAAUUCUUUUGAAAUUCACGCACAUGUGUUUGGAUUCAGACUCUCCCCCCCAUAGCACCCCGAAGCCCAAGCAUGAGCCCGCAUCCAGUCAACCCUGCGCCUUAUUUUGCAAAUGGUAACGGUCUCUGUGAGAUGACGAGGUUUUCGAGUGGUUAAAUGACCAAAUCGCUUUUUCCCCCUUUCGUUAUGUGUAUAUCCAGAAUCGUCCUUUAAGAGAAAAAUAGUAAGCUGCAUAUUUUUUAAAUGUUUAAACUUAUGAAUAAAGUGAAUUUCUUGUGGAAAAAAGAAAAGAAAAAAACACUGUGUUACUGUUUAACUUCCCAGAUGCUCUGAUGUUUAAUGUCAAGAACAAAAAUGUUGGUUACAUGGAUCUUUGACUGUGUGUAGAUGUUGUGAUGGCUUGGAGAGAAUACUGGUGCUUCGUGAUUCAUAGGUUUGUUCCCAUUUGCAUUUCAUGUUUUCGAAUGAGCGGUUGUGUCACAUAUUUUCUGACCACUAAAGGGUUUUUAUUGCACUGAGUUAAAUCGAAGAAAAAAUCCUAUGAAUUCACAUUUGUGUAGUGUAUAAUCAGUACGUCUACAUGGUUAAAGUGAAACGUCAGUCGGAUGCUCAGAAGAAGUGAGAAAACUGUUUGCGAAUGCAUUAGUGUGAAGAUAUGUAUCUGUGAGAGUGAGAGUUUGUGAGGGUGUGUGUGUGUGUGUGUACAUGCUUGUCUGGUAACCGUAGAUCAUCUCUUCCCAUCAACAUGUGCAAGCUGUGUUUGUACAAAUAAUGUUAAAGAUCUGAGACACCGAGAUUACUUUGCUCUUUCCAAAACAAUAAAAUAUAUAAGCCUGAGUA